AUGCUUUUUAAGACUUGCACUAGGAGUCUUUCAAGGAUACGCCACCGACGUGUGAUACAUCUAUCACAUGGAAUAACAGAUUGGGCAGAUGAUAAACUUAAAGUGAAUGCCAAACAAGAGGAGAAAUACAGAAAAAGGUUGGCUACAGAUGUGGCUAAACAUAACCACAGAAAGCACAUAGCACAACAGUAUCAGAUACACCUACGAAAUAUCAAAGAUGAAGAUCCUUUGAUCACGUUUCAACCAAAGAAAAUACAAGAAGUACCUUUAAGUGGAUUGGAACAACUAGAAAAGCUAGAUCUUUCAUAUGCCCACACGAUACAGGGAACAGUAAUGGCCAUCAUAGACGAAACUUUAGCUACCUUAUUGGUAGAGAUGAAUUUGCGGAGACAUUUGGUAGGAGAUGUGGUGGAUUCCCGAAUUUUGGUUAAGAGUAUAUCAGGGUUUGGGAAAGAGGACAUCCCUCAAGAUAUUGAUUUGGAAGUUUUCAUGGACAGCCUUGGAAAAACUAUCGAGUUCUCCAGUUUAGAGGAAUUUAGAUUGGUUUACAGCUACUACAAGUCAGGAAACUAUCUCAACUACGAGACUAGUGAGAUGUCCCGUUUCGUGAAAGGGUUUCGGAAUGGGUAUCAACUGAGAUUCAGUUCCGAUUCUUUGAUCCCUCGAAUCAACGAGUUAUUCAACAACUUCAACAACAAGCAGGACCAGAUUAGUAGAGUCUCCUUUAUGCUCAGCUUUGUGGUAGAGUUGAUAAAGGCUACAGAACCUCCUUCUAUGAAGGUUUUCCGGCAUAUUUUAGAUCAUAUGAACAAUUGUGAUCUUUUGGCUUACCAGCUAAUAAUUAUGAGGCAUCUCACCCCGAUCAAGUUCAAAUCAAGUGCGUUGGCAGAUAGUCAAUCGCCAAAAUUAACUGCAUUGCAAUACAAAGAGCUCAUCGAGGAAGAACCUGAGCUCGUUAAUACAUUAUUCAAUUAUUAUGACAAAAUCGACAGUGAUGAGACGAUUGAGCAGUUAUUGUCAUACUUGAAGUUAGAGGAGGUAUUGGAGCUAGAAAUUCUUUGCAGCGGGUCGAUAUAUAACCAGCUUAUAUCGAAGAGUCUGUUUUUGAAAAGUAGAAGUUCCGACUUGAACCAAUUGGAAAUUGUGUCUUAUGACACACCCCAACAAAUGAUAUUGUCCAGAGAUACCAUGAAAAAUAUCAUAGGGAUAUGCAUCAAGCAUAAAAAAUACAAAUAUAUUGACUUUUUGAUUAACAAGAUUCUUCUUCAAUCAAAUGAAGAUGGAGUACUCCUCAUGUUAAAUGAUGACCCUCAAUUGAUUUUUAAUCUAGAUCAGAUGGAGAAGGUGCUUCUCAAUGUGUUUGAUAAAGAGUUGAUGCUACUCAUAAUAAAGGUAAUCAACGAAUCGAACGAUAGGGGAAGACUUAUGUGGCUUCUUCCCAACUUAGAUCUUUUCCUCAAACAUUAUCUUCUGGCCCAUAGGGAAGGGAAAAAACUUCAGAAAGUAUAUGAGACCUUCAGAAAUGGUGUCUUUGACUCAGACUUCUUGCAAGCAGAAAAAGUUCUUGGUGUGAAUCUUAAGUUAGUGUUCAACAUCUAUAAUUGCUUAAGAAUCCACACGUCUGACACCACAGUUGCAUAUUAUGAAAAGCUCAUCGGUAUACCAGCACCCACCGAUUCAGUAUCCAUGGAUCCUUUAUUUCGGAAUUACUUUGAGUUAUAA